AUGUCGACCUUUGAUGAGCACAUCGCUUUCGCCACAAAAUUGCCUGAUUCCCCCAAAUGGGAGAAAUUCGUGGAGGCCGACGAGAAGGCUGCAGCUCAUUCGCAAACGCGUCGGAAAUAUGCCCUAAACGCUUUAAUCUCCGUAUCUGCCUUCACUUCGGUGGGCCUUGUCGUUGGCGAACGAUGUGUGGAGCAUGGGAUUUUGAUCUUUCUACCGUCAUUUGUCUUCUGGUACUUGCUAUUCAUGGUGACGGUGGCUUCAUGUGAAGUGGGAAUCGGGGAAAGCAAUCCAAAUCAACAUCAUCAUAAGAUUUUCAAUGACAUCUCGAAGAUCACUUCCGGCCUCGGCUCUCUACUGUCAUGCGGAUUCUUCCUUCGUUUUACCGAGUUCUUUCUGCGAAAUGCGUUGGCUGUUAGUGCUGGGAUUCACAUUUUAAUAGAAAAUGCUUCACCACGAACCCUCUGCUUGGAAGAAAACGAUUGCUUCGCGUUGAGUUCACAAAAAAAUUGCUCAUCAAGGGAGUAUGGUUAUCAACCGUCAACGGAAUGUCGAAAACUUGCCAUACUCUCGCUUCUUGUUCCACCAACUCUUCGAUUAACUCAAAUGAUGACAACGAUUGAUGAAAAUCUUUUUACGAACCCGAUUCCUUCGUGGGUUGUGAUGGUUGCCGUGGUAUUGGCCUGUUUGAUGGGAGCCGCGCUGCGCCCUUUGAUUGUUCGCUGCCCGAAAUUCUUCUUUAUGCUGUCAUUUUUACUGCAGAUCGUCUUCGGAGCUCUUCUCUUUACCUUGGCUUUUCUUCUCGAUUCUUGGCCAGAAGUUUCAUUUAAAGGGGAUUUUCGCUUCUUGAGAUUUUGCUUUGACGGAAUUGCCAUGGCUUCAUCUGCUUUAUGUGGUUUACUCGUUGAGUUUGGAACAGUAAUGCCUACGGGAGGGUAUGCAAAAUUGAAAGGCUUCUUCAUGGCCUUGGUUUCACUUUUUUAUACGCUAGUGGUCGCCAUUUUCUCAGCAAUUGGUUAUUUAGCAGAAGCACAAUCGGUGGGAAAUAGUCAUGUGGAUCCUGUGAUUGUUUGGCCUAUUUGGACGAAACACAGGUCACACGGAGAUUUUGUUGUCGUUGCCACUUUGCUUUUAUUUCUUCUCGGAUCGUUAAGUGCGACGACUCUCCUUUCGUUUUAUCCACUCACCGGAGUCAAUAAACCGUCGUCGUGGAAAUUUUACGUGAAAUUGCUUCCAGUGGGACUCGUCAUUGCAAUUGUUGGCUUAGGAGGUGUCCGUGCUACGAGAGUUGUCGAGCGAUCGGCCGAUUUUGUUACCGCAGUUGCUAUUCAACUGCAGCUAAUCAUUUUGUUGAUUGCACGGGCGACCGGCGGGAGAAUAUUCAACAAACAAAUCACAGAGGGAUCGAAUGUGUUCGGGAAUAAAAGAGGAUGGAGGCAGGCGCUCGUCCCAUUUAAUCUCUUCAUCAGUUUUCUCUUGGCGCUGUUGAUCUUCUUGUCCGCGGUGUAUCGAGUGGUUGAGCCAGUACCGCCUGGAUUAUGGCAAAAGACUUUGGAUCCAGUUGGAUCGCAUUAUGUGGCCGAGGUUCUGCUUCAUCUUCUUCCUGUGAUACUAUUCUGCUUUGUGACGGUGAUUCGAGUGUUGUUGCUGAGCAAGAAUUGGGGACACAGAUCGACAAAGCUUAAUUUGGACACUGUUGUUUCCGAUUACUGU